AUGAGGAAAGAGGAGGAGGGGGCCGGUGGCCCCAGCAACAUGACGGGUCCCACGGGCAGAUCCCUGAGCAUGUCGUGUCAAUAGUGGGAGGAAUGUAAGAGAUUUGCAAUCUGGUGCCGACAGCCAUGCUGGCCUUUCUUCUCUGAGACCGUGGAGACCAGCGCCUCUGGGGAAGAGGUGGGGAGCGGCCAAGUGUCCACCGUGGACCGUCCCAGAAACCUCACCUUCACAGUGACCUCGGAGAACCUCACUGCAAGUGAUGCAGGAAAAUACAGGUGUGGGAUUUCCAUGAUCCUGGUGGGAGAAGGGCUUCCUGGCUUCUUGCCUGAUCCCCUUGUCCAGGUUCAAGUGUUUGUUUCCGCAGCCUCCAGCAGCGACAUCUCUUCAAGGACACCUGGACCUGCCAGCCGAGACCCAGGGUCCCUGCUCAGCAGCAUCCACUUCCUGCUCCUCAUAUUCCUGAAGGUUCCCCUGUUUCUGAGCAUGCUCAGUGCCGUCCUCUGGGCGAACAGGCCUCAGUGGGCAACUUGUGGGCAAACACGGUCCGACUAAGACAACCUGCAGCUGUCCUUGCCCAGUGACGUCCCGUCCAGAGACACAGCUACUCACACUAGAGAAGAAGGAACCUCUGACCCUCAACCUUACAUCCCUUUUCAACUAAUUGCCAGAGACUUUAAAAACAAACCUUACAUUUUUUUAAAAAUGAAAUGUUACCUACACAAAAGUAUGUGUAUAAUAUACACAAACAGUGUGCUUUUCCUUAGAGAUUUCAGACACAAGACAAAAGAACUCAUUCCAGACUGUGGCCUCCUGAGAAUGGGAUCUAAGAUAGACCCUGAGACUGCAGGGUUUCUCUUUACUUCUGGGGCAGAUGUGUCUCACCAGGGUGCCUGGGCACUCGCUGCUCUCUGCUUUCCUACCUAGUAAACCAGCGCCAUGUUCUCUGGACUGUCUACUCGAAGUCCCCUCCCCCUGCGCUGUGACAGAACAGAAGCAUUGCCAUAGUCCCAGGUUGACAAGGAAUGGUUCUGAACUGUUCUCUUCCCAAGUAAAUAGGACCUGCUUGUGACCGCCCUCCUUCACAGGGAUUGAAAAGAAUGCAUCUGCCAUGUCCACAACAGCACGCUGAGCACCAGAGACUGCUCUCAUAAAGAUGGUACAUCAAGAAAAGCAAUUGCAUCCUGGCUGGUGUAGCUCAGAGGAUUGAGCGCUGGCCUGCAAACCAAAGCAUCGCCAGUUCAAUUCCCAGUCAGGGCACACGCCUGGGUUGUGGGCCAGGUCCCCAGAAAGGGGCACACAAGAGGUAACCACACAUUGAUGUUUCACUCCUUCUCCUUCC